AUGGAUCCAAAUUAUUCAUACCUUCCACAAGGUCUAAAGCCAGAUGAAUCAACACCACAUUGGUUAAGUAAAGGAGAUAAUGCAUGGGAAUUAACAGCAGCAGCAAUGGUGGGCUUACAAAGUGUACCUGGGCUAGUAAUUUUAUAUGGAUCAAUGGUUAAAAAGAAAUGGGCUGUAAAUUCAGCUUUUAUGGCCCUUUAUGCAUUUGCAGCAGUUUUAAUUUGUUGGGUUUUAUGGGCCCAUAGAAUGGCAUUUGGUACACAUUUAAUAUCUAUAAUAGGCAAACCAGAACAGGCUAUGACUCAAGAUUUUUUGCUAACAAAACACUCUAAUUAUUAUAUUCCAACAGCAGAUUAUGUAUUUUAUCAAUUUGCAUUUGCUGCUAUUACUGUGAUUUUAUUGGCUGGUUCUUUACUUGGUAGGAUGAAUUUUUAUGCAUGGAUGUUGUUUGUUCCACUUUGGAUUACAUUUUCUUAUACAGUUGGUGCUUAUAGUAUUUGGGGUUCUGGAUUUCUUGAAUCUAUUAUUGACUUUUCUGGUGGUUAUGUGAUUCAUCUUUCAUCUGGAGUUGCUGGAUUUACUGCUGCUUAUUGGGUUGGACCAAGGCAUUCACAAGAUAGACAACAUUUCCCACCAAACAACAUAAUUCACAUGCUUGGAGGUGCAGGUUUUCUUUGGAUGGGUUGGACUGGUUUUAAUGGUGGAUCUCCAUUAGCCUCUGAUCUAAUCACAUCAUUAGCCAUUCUCAAUACUCAUCUUUGCACUGCCACAAGCUUGUUGGUAUGGCUUUCAAUGGACAUGAUAUUCUACAAUAAAAGUUCUGUAAUUGGAGCUGUCCAAGGAAUGAUCACUGGCCUUGUUUGCAUUACCCCUGGUGCAGGUAUAGUGGAGUCCUGGGCAGCCAUACUCAUGGGAAUCUCAUCAGGUUCAAUACCCUGGUUCACUAUGAUGGUUCUGCACAAGAAAUCAGCAUUUUUCCAGAAAGUCGACGACACAUUAGGAGUCUUUCACACACAUGCAGUAGCAGGCCUCCUAGGAGGAAUCCUCUCUGGAUUCUUUGCUAAACCUAAGCUUCUGAGGAUGUUUUAUGGCUCAGACAAAUAUGGUCCAGGCUUUCUCUACAGCAUAAUUGAUGGAGACAUUAAGCGCGGGAUUCGUCAAAUGAUUUAUCAGCUUCUUGGUGCUGCAUUUAUCACAAUAUGGAAUGUUACCGCUACGAGUUUGAUAUGUAUUUUUGUAAGUCGAAUAGUUGAGUUAAGACUACAUGAAGAUGAUCUUGAGAUUGGAGAUGAUGCUGUUCAUGGCGAAGAAGCUUAUGCUUUGUGGGGUGAUGGAGAGAGAGAUCCACCUCGCUUUAACAGGACUCCUAAAAUCCCUUCUUUUUGCCGACGCCAAUAUGGAACAACUCAAUAGAGAGGCGAAUUCAGAGUCUAGAGUAUUAAGAACUUGUCAUGUUAAGAGGCGAAUUCGGAAUCUAGAGUAUUAAGAACUUGCCAUGCUAGAGGAGUAUUCGUGGUAUUGGAGAAUGUGUGAACCCCAUCUAAUAGUACAA